AUGCCACUGCUUGAACAUGUCGCGUCGAAAAGUCAUCCCCAAAGGCCCAAGUUCAAAGAGAAUGAUGAUAGCCUUCUUCAUGGCUGCGAGGUGCAGGACUCACGACACGACUUCACUCUCCCAGUGUUCACACCUGAAGUUAAGAGAGUGGGCGACCAGAGUCGAGUUUACCUGGACGAUACAUCGCCUUCCUUAUACCUUAGCGAUGGGGGGCGGUCACUGUUCUUACGCGUCGGCGCUGGCUUCUUCGCAGGAUUCUUGAUAUGUCUGGCUGUGGUUGCACGAUAUGCCUCCUCAAACCAAUCAUGCUUGCUAUUUUCACCCUUCACUGCUUUUCUUCCUACGGACGUAGGAACACCUGAAUGGCAUCAAUACCCUCCAGCCGAGCCCACCAACGCGUUUCCCUCUAUUGUCGGCUAUCCAGGUCCAACACAAGCAGGUGCCGAGCCUGGCGUAGCUGCUACAGCUCCUGCCUAUCCUUUGCAUUCUGGUGUGGCGCACCUUGUAUCUCCCACACGUUUUUCUCAGGACAGCGCCAAGGCCAGAACGAAGGAUUUCAAUAUUUUCCGUAGCUGGGGAAGCUUAUCUCCGUGGUACUCCAUACAACGUGGAAAAUUUGGUGUUGAUUCUAGUCCAGAAGCCCCUGAUACUUGCCGCAUUACUGGUGUGCAUCUUCUACAUCGUCACGGUGCACGAUACCCGGCUGACUACACUAGCGAUAGUGGGCCGAGUGGGUUUGCCUCGAGGUUAAACAAGAAUGCAGAAAAUGUCACAGUUACUGGGCCUCUUUCAUUUUUAGAUGACUGGACAUACAAGCUAGGAAAUGAAGGAUUAACACCUUUCGGGAGGUCUCAAUUGUACGAUCUCGGCGUGUCGAUGCGCAUGAGAUACGGGUUUCUUCUCAAGAAUUUCAGCGAAACAGAUACCUUGCCUGUGUUCAGAACAGAAUCCCAAACCCGGAUGUUAAACUCUGCGCAACACUUUGCUCUCGGAUUUUUUGGUUACCCUCUUGAGGGCCAAUAUCAACAAGAGAUCAUGAUUGAAGCCAAAGGUUUCAACAAUACUCUUGCCCCUUAUGAAUCUUGCGCCAACAAUGACGAUCCAAAUCGGGGCUACCGCGGCGCACCCCUUGCUGAUGCUUGGAAAGCAGCGUAUCUCAAGGAUACCGUUCCUCGUUUGCAGCAAUACCUUGAUGGAUUUGAAUUGGAUGUUCGAGAUGUUUACGCCAUGCAAGAAUUGUGCGCCUAUGAGACGGUCGCUCUUGGUUAUUCCAAGUUCUGCGAACUCUUCACGGAGAAUGAGUGGGAAGGCUUCGAUUACUCAUAUGAUAUUAACUUUUGGUACGGUGUAGCUUGGGGCUCACCUGUGAGUAGGGCACUGGGAAUUGGCUAUGUGCAAGAGCUCGUGUCUCGUCUCACUCAAACGCCGAUUGAAACGCACAAUAGCUCCACUAAUGCAACGCUUCAUAACGCCGUCACCUUCCCCUUUGGAAACAGCCUUUAUGUCGAUGCGACGCAUGAAGUUGUGGUAUUAAAUGUCCUUACUGCAUUGAAUCUUUCGAGCUUUGCGGCGAUGGGACAAUUGCCUACUGAUCAUAUACCAAAACGGCGCACGUUUAGGUCAGCGGAGCUUGCUCCAUUUGCAACCAACGUACAGUUCCAGCUCCUGUCAUGCUCCACGGAGCCCGACCCACAAAUUCGUGUGAUCGUUAAUGAUGGUGUUGUGCCGCUGGCAAAUCUAAACGGCUGUCAAGAUAAUCCAGAUGGAAUGUGUACCGUUCAUGCUUUUGUCGACGCGCAGAAAGAGAGCAUUCGGAAUACGGACUGGGACUUCGUUUGUAACACCAAUUGGACAAUCCCGGAUGGAUGGGAAACUACCACGGGCUAUCCUAUUUAGAUUCGUCACCCAGUGCACAUGAACACUGGUACUACAAAUGUCGUCGAUGGCGAGCGACACUGGAAUCUCACUUGUUUCAUGCAUUACACAUCAGCAAAUAGACCUCGAAAUCCAAAACGCUUGCGCAAAACACACGACAUAACAGACGCCCGUCAUCCACAGACUCUUGAUUACCAUGUAUCAUUUUUGUCUACCAAUGCCUUCACGAUGGUAUAAGAACA